UGCUCCCUCUCGCCCCCUUUCAUUGCUGGAGCUGGGACUGUGCUCAAAGGUGACCUCGAGGAGCAGAAGCGAUCCUUUCUCCUGCGAUCCACCAUGUCUGAACCAAUCAAAGUCCUGGUGACCGGAGCCGCCGGGCAGAUCGCCUACUCUCUGCUCUACAGCAUUGCCAAGGGUGAUGUUUUUGGCAAAGAUCAGCCUCUGGUUCUUGUGCUCUUGGAUAUCACUCCGAUGAUGACCGUGUUGGAUGGUGUACUGAUGGAACUCCAAGAUUGCGCUCUUCCACUGUUAAGAGAGGUCAUCGCGACAGACAAAGAAGAUGUGGCGUUUAAGAACCUCGACGUGGCCAUUCUGGUUGGCUCCAUGCCAAGGAAAGAGGGCAUGGAACGGAAAGAUUUACUCAAGGCCAAUGUGAAAAUCUUCAAGUCCCAAGGCGCAGCACUGGACAAGUAUGCUAAGAAAACUGUUAAGGUCAUUGUGGUAGGCAAUCCAGCAAAUACCAACUGUUUGACUGCAUCAAAAUCCGCCCCGUCCAUCCCAAAAGAGAACUUCAGUUGUCUGACUCGCCUGGACCACAACAGAGCGAAAUCCCAGAUUGCUCUGAAAGUCGGCGUGACCGCCAGCGAUGUAAAGAACUGCAUCAUCUGGGGGAAUCACUCUUCCACCCAAUAUCCCGAUGUCAACCAUGCCAAGGUCAAAGUGAAGGGCAAAGAGGUCGGCGUCUAUGAAGCUGUGAAGGAUGACAACUGGCUCAAGGGGGACUUCAUUGCGACGGUUCAACAGCGGGGUGCAGCGGUGAUUAAGGCCAGGAAGCUGUCGAGCGCCAUGUCAGCAGCCAAAGCCAUCUGUGAUCACGUGCGGGACAUCUGGUUUGGCACUCCGGAGGGUGAAUUUGUGUCCAUGGGAGUCAUUUCUGACGGGAAUUCGUACGGUGUCCCCGAAGAUCUGAUCUACUCCUUUCCCGUUGUCAUCAAGAACAAAACGUGGAAGUUUGUCGAGGGCCUUCCCAUCAACGACUUCUCUCGUGACAAGAUGGACUUGACUGCCAAGGAGCUGACGGAGGAGAAGGAGAUGGCCGUGGACUGUCUGUCCAGCGCAUGACUAGGUGCUCGCCGGGAGGCGGGAGGCGACUCGAGCCCCGAGGAGUCAAAGAGUCGUCUCUGAAGCCAGCACCAAAGGCUAUUACCGUUGUCGGCCGGCUGUGUUUUUUUUCCCCUUGUGUCCGAUCCAUUCACUGUAAAAGGUUAUUCGUGCCUGUUAUCGAGUGCUCUUAGUAAAUACAUGAUUGCACAAGCAGUUCUUUAAAAAAAAAGAAGAUAGUAGUUUUCAGACCUGACCAAAUCUUCUCCGCUUAGUACCGUUUGUUUCAGGUGUCGCAUAGUUGCAGCAGACUUCUUUCGCCACAGCGGCUGAAAAGGUGAGCCGUCUUUCAGCGUGAAUGAAACCAAAGCCGUCCGCACAAAACACGAGAGGCGAUUGGUAUAGAAGGGGCUUUAGUACUGUAUUAAUCAAAAUUUAAAAAAUUGGUUGUACCAGUAGACUUUCUCUGAAUGAAAAAUGGAGCACUGGGGUUUUCUUCUGCUGAUAAAACCGAAGUUGGAAAUGUAGUCUGGGAUACGACAAAUGUGUAUGCAACAGCCAUCAGGGAAGUCUUCCCUAGAAAUGACAUUAAAUGUUGAAUUAAGCACUUC